GGCGCGUCGUUGAAUGAUGAUGAUAGCUAAUGAUAAUGAGCUUGUGACAGCUCGUGAGUCGCGAGCUUGUUUUGUGGAGCCGCCGUGAAAGGCAAAUUUGAUGUAAACAUUUCCAGUUUUCUAUCGAUUGCGGUCAAGUAUGGCGGAAGAUCGAGAAGUCUUACGAGAAGUUUGGGACGGGCGGCUGCCGGUGUGCUUCAAGCUUGCAGAGGAAGAAGUAUACACGAUGCAGCAGCCUGAAGCUUAUUACCUAAUGAUUUCGAGGAUAAGCUACUUUCCUCUAGUGGUUGACAAGGUUCAUAAGCACUUCUCCAGGCACGUUGAUGAGCGUUACCAUGGAAAUGAAAUGUGGCUUGAAUACAAUGGUCUACCUUUGAAAUGGCAUUUGCCAAUUGGUGUACAUUAUGAUUGUAAUGCUAGUGAUUCCAUUUUACCAUGGAACAUUACAGUUCACUUCCAGAAUUUCCCAGAGAAGCAAAUCCUUCAUUGCGGAAGUCGAGCUGUGGUGGAAUCGCACUUCAUGUCUGCCAUCAAAGAAGCAGACAUGCUAAAGCAUCGCAGCCAAGUGGUUAGUACUAUGCAGAAGAAAGACCACAAUCAGCUUUGGGUUGGAUUACUUAACUCAAAGUUUGACCAGUUCUGGGCAAUCAACAAGAAAUUCAUGGAACGCAUUGGGGGAGAGUGCUUCAAGCACAUACCUUUUCGUCUGUAUAUGCCCGAUGGCAGUCUUGUCCAAAGGUUAGUCUCACCGGUGGCACCUUCUGGUGACAAGGCAACUCUAGAAACCCUCUUGCAGCAAGUGGCACCUCAGGUUCUUGUCGGUGAUGGAGCCAAACAUGUGGUCAUCACGCAUGGGAUACAGGUUCCACUGGACACACCACUUCAGUGGAUGAGUGAACACCUCAGUUAUCCGGACAAUUUCCUGCAUUUGUGUGUUAUGCCAUGCUCAUAGUGAACGCUUCAAAUGUUCAUCAGUGAUAUUUCACAAAUUUUAUAUCCCGCUAGUCGAGGGUAGCUUGUCUUGUGGAUGCAGAGAGGGCUUCUAACGACUAAGAUAUAUCGAGCGCAAAUUAUUUGAAUGGGUACCUCAUACAUUCUGCUUGAUUGUGCCGACAAUUUGCACUUAUAUGUACCUACUGUCAUAAUUAUGAAUUGGGCUGUCAAAAAAAGUGAUUAUUACCUGUCAAGGUGCAUGCUUUUUUUGUCCACAUUGUGCACUUUUUCCAUUUUUAGUUCUCUAUUGACAUCUUUGACUGGUUGCUCAGAGCACUUUGGCAGUGCUACAAUGACUGUACAAAGCAGCAGCAGAGCUUUAUUCGAAGACUAAGCCAACUCCGCCAUGCACAAUCAAGUUAGACUCUCACUGUCAGAGUGUGCAUACCCCUACAAAACAACUCAAACGUUACCUUACUCAACAUUGUAGUGCCGCAGAAGCAUUUUGAAACUAGUUGAAUAUGUCGUCAUACGUUUGUUGAUGAUGCUUGUUGGACGUUAUUUCAUGAUCAUGUUAAGCGAAUGACUGCACUGCCAUUAAGAAAAUUAGAUCUAACUGGUUCUUGACGAAAUUCACAGUCAUGCUUGCUUGGGUGUGGCUCCACUGUUGUGAGAUUUUGCCAAAAAUGAGUCAUUCCCAAGCUUCCUUUUGUUGUUGUGCUACAAGGCCUAGUUAUUUUUACUGUGUAGCGUGGCUCCAUCAUUGUGUGAUACAUUGCAUAAAGCUCUGGACAACGAUUUCACGAUUGCAUUAGUCUGUUACAGCACCAUUUGUAGACUUGCAGAGCACAGCUUGUGUUUUUUGAAAAGUGCAACAUGAAUAAUGUGCCACGAAAAGCUUGAAAGCUGUGCUGCUACAGCCAAUAAUACUUGGUUCCAACGUAGUUGUAAGGUAUGCACAACACAGUUUCAUUCAUGCAGUACCAAUCACGCAUGUUUUUAAAAUGCCAAGAAGGCUUGGCACAAAAAAUGUGUAUUCCAUAUGUAGUGGGUACGAUUACUCCAUUUACAAAGCUGAGUGUGAAACCUUCAGUUACCAACUAGCAGCAAUUUUGGGGCCACAAAAUUGAAAUAGAUUUGUACAUAAUGACUAAAAACGCUUGGUUAAACCAUUUGGUAAAAAUUUGGUUAACCUUUCAGGACAUGAAUACAAAACGAGAAGCAAAUUUAAUAAGCAGCAGCCAGAACAAAGGCCCAUAUUAAAUGUGGGGUUUCGAGGUACAUAGUCAUAUAUAUGAGUUGGUCUGCCACUUCUUAUUCAUGGUAGUGUUCAAGCACCCAGAAUGUUUUGUUCGAUGACGUGUUUGAUCUUCUGCUAGGAAUGAAAAGUAACUAUUUAGUAUGAACUAAAGUCAAUUUUAUAUAAUUUUAAAUAAUGCUUGAUAGGUUGAGACAAUUUGGUCAUAUGACCUCAUAUUUGUUUCAUGCUCUAUUCAAAAAUACAUUUUAAAGAUGUUUCGUGUCAUCUAUACGUGCUUUUAAAAUUUUGUAUGUGUUCAGCCUGAAGAUUGGAGUGCAAUGUCUGUAAGCUGUGUGUGUGUGUGUGUGUACAGGAGUUUUCUUAAUUUAUUAACUGUCAUAUAUUUAGAUGAGAAAAGUUGUUCUUAGUACAUAUGCUCCUAAAUUUAUAUUGUGGUUGUAAAAAUAAUAAACAAAAAAGGGCUUGCAUGUCUAUGCGA